GCUACAUCUGUAGAGCGACUCUUUUGUAGGACUGUAAAGUAGCCUAAAAAUGCCGAAACCUCAAAACGAAAUGAUAUCCACGGUACCUCCACCGGGUCGCUGGGAUUGGAAUGACGAAACUCAAACUCUCGAAUUUACAAGUUUUCACACAUCAGUAGAAGUCAAAGAGAAAAGAAAAAAGACCAAAACGGUAAAUGCGAAACGUUCAGAAAGGUCAGCGCAGUGCUCCACACAAGGCAAAAGUAGGAAAACCGCGGGUCCUGCUCAACUAAAUGCCUACAAGUCCUCUUUGAAACGAGGCCACAAAGACUGUGUGACCAUCGAAGAUGUCAAACAGGUGGCACUCAAUCUGCUACAGGAGGAUGAUGCUCUCACCAUUCCACUGUGCUUCCUAACUGUGAUGAAGAGCAGAAAACUAGAUGAGUUCCUGGCUGCUUUGCUGCUCUACCUGUCCUGUUAUUUUGAGAAGAAAACCCUGGACCAGAAACCAAAGCCCCUCAUGGCGGAGCAGAGCAUCACGGAGAAGCAGGUCAUGGCGGAAGCCUCAGCCAGGGUGCAGCUGGCUCAGAAGCAGCUGGCCUACUGCUACUCCAGCCUGGUGCUGGGUCUGGGCCUCUCCCAGGAGCACCACAUGGCCUGUGGCAGGAAUCGAGUGUCGUCGACCUACAGGGACCGGCAGCUGUACGAGUGUCUGUACAGCUUCUUCUGCUACGUGGCGUGGGUGACGUUCGGCCGGAGGGACCUCAGAGGGAUCCAGCAGGAGGUGGGCCGCCUGCUGCGUUCAGACACCUUCAACCCUGCCCGGAGGACCAGGCAGGAGGACCCAGGGGAAUCCCGUGACCACGACUCCCUCUCUUUCCCCAACUUGUCCGGUCCAACUGCCAAGGAGGGCCAGGCGGAGGUCAAAGACCAAGGACAUCCCAGCCCUGCCCUUGAACAACGGAAGUCCCGGCGGCGGCCAGCCCUGAGCAGCAUGAUGACCCAGCGUUCCCCGGUCUUGGUGUCCUUGCUGCCCUUGCCACGCGAGGAGGCGCCCCACCUGUUUGUCCGCAGUCGGCUCCACGAUCAGCAGAGCGACACGCCAUGCGACACAGAGGCGCUGCUGAAGCAGCUCAACCAGAAGCUGGCCGACAUCAGCUUUGGCAUCCUUGGGAAGCCCUUAAGCCAGUUCAGCUGCACCACACUGAUGCCCCAGGGGGCCAACACAGAAGACGAGGAGGAUGAUGAAGAUGAUGAUGAAGAGGGGAGCGUCCACGUUGGGAGCAGCAAGACCUCCUCCAUGCCCAAAAGAGCCGCGUCGACUGCCGUGGACAAGCGUGGCAGUGCCAGCCGCGCCAACACGGGGGUGUCACGUGCCACCACGGAGGGCGUGUCCUCAGACACAGAGUAACCCUGUCUGUGUGUUUAUGUGUGUGUUUGAGAGUUUGCAUGUAUGUGU